AUGCAGUCUGCAGACCGCGAUCACUUUUUCGAGACAGAUGCUGUCCAAGCUCAACGUCAACGAAGGGCAGCAAAGGCUGACAACAAGAAUGGCGAACCCAUUGUUAUGAAGUCUAAAGUACUUUCUGUUGUUCCAGAUCCAGCUUCUCCUCUCACUUCUGUGUUUAUUGCUGAGUCUGCCGGUGCUGUCCGUCGGAUCAACAUUGAAACAUCAGAACCCAAGACAACAUACCGUGGGCCAAAGGCUCCUGUGACUUGUGUUGCUAUCGGAGGCAAAGACAAUCAAACAGUAUUCGCAGGGUCGUGGGACAAGGACAUCUGGUCAUGGGAUAUUGAGACUGGAAAGCCUGGCCGCAAGUUCAGCGGCCAUUCGGACUUCAUAAAGACUGUCGUUUGUGCUACCAUCUCCGGUAAACACAUUCUCAUCAGCGGAGGUGCCGACAAGAAGAUGUUUGUUUGGGAUGUCGAGUCAGGUAAACGACUGCAUACCCUGCAAGAUCCCACUACGACAAUGCUUGCCGUUCAACACAUUGCUAUCGAUCCUGUUCUUAGCGACCCGAACAAAGUUGUCUUUGCCAGUGCGAGUAGUGACCCGCACAUCAGGCGGUGGAAGAUUACCCUGGACAGCUACGAGCAGCUUCCCGAGUCAUUCUCUGACCGCCCCGAUGCUGAGCGACUCACUAUCGAGGAACACGAGACCAGCAUCUACCGGCUGUUUUACGAUCAAUCAAGCGAAGACGUGGAUCUCUGGACUGCUAGCGCCGAUGGAAGUGCAAAGUGCUUGGCGCGGUCAAGAAACUUUGUCGCUGAUGAUUCGUACGAGCAUGGAGAUUAUGUACGAGGCGUUCUUGCAACAGAGCAGUGGGUUAUCACAGCUGGACGCAAUGAGGAUGUCAAGAUUUGGGACCGCUCAUCCGGCAAGCUGUACUGCACAUUGAUUGGCCACUACGAGGAGGUAACCGACAUCGUCAUGCUGCAAGACUCUGCUGGUACUCCCCGCAAGGUAUGCAGCGUGGGCAUUGAUGGAACUAUUCGAACAUGGCCACUUGCCAAGUCUGAGCUGGACGAAGUAGUGGUCAAGAUCCAGAAGGCUGCCGAGCCCAAAGAGGAGGAAGAAGAGAAGAACGGAAACCUUUUGACGGCCGAGGAAGAGGCUGAGCUUGCAGAACUCAUGGACGAUUAG